CUGUAGCUAGUGAGUUCCAACCUCCCGUCUCUACCUCCGAAUUGGCUAUUGAAAAAUUAACAGAAGCUGUUAAUAAAAUGUUGAUACAGCUUCAAGAAAGUCAACCUGUAAAUUCUCCUAAUAAUUCUCCUCCAAUUAUUCCUGGUAAUCCCAUCCUGGCCAAUACCCCUGAACCUCGUCAGCAGGAAACCCUUCAAGCUCUUUUGGCGUUGGCAGCUAGUUUAAACCCUCCUAACAAUUCCAAUAAUCAACAUACCUACGUUAGUAUCCCCGUAGAAGACGUACCUCUAUUCGCUGCUAGUAAACAAUCGGAAGAAGAAACAUUAGGACAACUAUUAGAAAAAAAACUUAAUCAGGGGAAAGAAGAUGAAAAACCCCGGAGGUGCAUCAUCCGUAAGAAGGAAUCAGAAGAAGAGGUAGACGAUGGGACAGCGGAUAGUGACGAGGAAUACGAAGUAGAAGAGUUAGAGGAUAGGAUUUAUGGAUUUUCCGAAAUAGACGAUGUUGAAACCCUGGCUUCUACUUCUACCCUUUAUCCUUUGGUGGGAGCUUAUCUACCUCUUACCCAGCUAGAGGGGCAUCGACGAAAAGAAAUUUCUGUGUCCCUGCCUAAUGUCGAUAACUUACUUCCAUUGGUCUACUAUGACACAGAUUCCGAUAGCUCUAGCGAAGAUGGAUGGUAUUUGUCACAGGAUUUUCAAAUGUUAAAGGUUGAGGAAGAGGGAUCGGAUUCUGAUGCGGAUGAUGAACUAGACGAAGCUAAAUGGCA